AUGUCUCCUGUUCGAAUCACGUGCGACGCUUCCUCCCCUGCCGGCCAAACCGUCCAACUUCUCUGUCGUCUUUCGAACGUCGUCCCGACGAUUGUGGUUUCCAAAGACCAAAACCAAUCGACGCCGCCUCGAUAUGAAGAGGACACGACGAAAGCAUCAUCGUCAUCCUCGUUCGAAGGGCUCGUCCCGGUGGCGAAAGCCUUGACGCGCAGUCUUACAAACGACGACGACGAUUUCGUCUCGUCCUCUUCUUUACUGGGCACCACGGAUGCGGAAAAACUCGCCAUCGACGAUUGGCUCGCGGCAGUGAACACCACCUAUUCUGGCACCGAAUUCGAGGCGGAUUGCGAACACGCGUUGGAAUCUCUCAAUGAGCACUUGAAGACGAAAUCGCACGUCGCGGCGAACGACCGAGUGACUUUAGCCGACAUCGUUUUGUUCGGCAUGGUGAGAGAGAAAGUGAAACAAACGAUGUCCUCUGGGCAGUUGAAACAGAAGAAGAGUUUAGUGCGAUGGUGUAAGCGGAUGCAAAGCGCGUUGUCGCUGGGCGAAAGCGAAGGAGCGAUUGACUUUUCCGCGAUGGAUGUGAAGUGGACGGCGUUGCCCAGAAGCGAGAGCGGCGGGAAAGCGCACGUGUCUACCUCGGAUAAGCCAGACGACGGGGGAGCACAGCAUCCGCAAGGCGGGUCGCAACCGUUGGACGAUCCGGUGGCGGAGGAGAAGCGAUUGAAAGCGAUAGCGAAGAAGGAGGCGAAAGCGGCGGAGAAAGCGGCGGCAAAGGCAGCGAGACAAGCGGCGGCGGCGGAAGCAGGAGAAAAAGGAGGAGGCGAUGCAUCGGCGGCAGAAAAAGAAGUCGACGUUUCCGUCGUUGACAUCAGAGUGGGUAAAAUUGUCAAGGCGUGGGAACAUCCGGAGGCGGAUAAAUUAUGGGCGGAAGAAAUCGACGUGGGAUUAGAGAAGCCGUUGCAAGUGUGCUCCGGUUUGCGCGAGUUUAAAACUUUAGAAGACAUGACCAACGCGGAGGUUUUAGUCAUUUGCAACAUGAAACCGAACAAGAUGCGAGGUUUGAAUUCCGAGGCGAUGGUGUUGUGCGCAUCAAACGAGGCGCACACGAAAGUCGAUUUCGUCAAGCCGCCGAGCGGCGCGAAAAUCGGCGAACGCGUCACCUUUGAAGGCUUCGAAGGUGAACCAGAGAAGGUGUUGAACCCAAAGAAAAAACAGCUGGAUAAGGUGUUGCCAAAAUUGAAAACUGACGCGGACGGGGUGGCGUGCUACGACGGGAAGAAGGCGAUGACGAGCGCGGGCCCGUGCUCGAGCUCCUUGAAGGACUGUUUCAUUAAAUGA